AUAUAUACUUCACCAAGUUUAUAUAUAUCCUCCAGAAGUUGGAGGACUCACAUGCACUUUCUGCAACUAGCCACUUUCUUUCAAAGUAUAAACUGAUGGGCUUCAUCUUCAUCACAAUCCUCAAAAGCUGAACCCAGAGAGAGAGAGAGAGAGAGAGAGUGCAUGCAGCAUUUACUCUAAGAUGCUGGCAAUCUUAGCAAUUCCCGCAUGUCAAGCUUUUCUUCUUCCCUUGGCUGCUCAUGAACCCGGCGAGGUGAACCAAAUUCAAGGUCACAAGAACGUUCGCCAAAAUCUUCACAAGAUGAAUGCGAAGAUAAACAAGGACAUAGCAGUGCACGGGCUCCUGCUUUGGUCGUCAAUGGGUUUCUUGAUGCCUCUCGGAAUACUCGUAAUACGAUUGUCCAUUAGAGAGGAAAACCGCGCACGGGCCAAAGCGUUCUUUUUCAUUCAUGUCAUCUUGCAGGUACUCUCACUACUCCUCGCCACAUCUGGAGCUAUACUAUCAAUCAAAACCUUCGAAAAUUCAUUCGACAACCAGCAUAAGAGAAUUGGCCUCAUUCUCUAUGUAGCCAUUUGGGUACAAGCCUUGACUGGACUCCUGAGACCCCGUAGGGGGACUAAAAGGAGAAGCACUUGGUAUUUCUUGCAUUGGAUUCUCGGAACAGCCGUUUCACUCCUGGGGAUCAUCAACAUCUACACCGGCAUAAUGGCCUUUCACGACAAGACAUCGAGAGCUUCGUGGGUGUGGAACAUCCUCUUCACCGCUCAAGUCUCUCUGAUCGCCUUCUUGUAUCUCUUCAUAGAUAAAUGGGACUACAUGCAUAGACAAGGCGUGACCCCGGAUAACGGCCCAACCACACCGUCAACUAACAGUUUAACGAGCUCCCAGAUCGGGAGCCGCAAGGAGUUGGUGCUCGUAUCAUGUUCGAAACAAAACGCUCUCAAGAACUUGUUCGAUUAGUCCGCACACUGACAUCGCCUGAACCAUCGAGUUCGACAGGUUUUACAUGAAAUUUGUCGGAUUCAAUAGUUACAAUCCAUUUAGAUAGAUACAUCAGCACAUUUUUCUUUCUCUUGUUUGAUUUUUCAUUUUGCUUUGUUUCUGGGAGCAUCGACCCUAAUUUCUUCUCUUUGAUUAUUUGCUCUCUACAAUAGUAAAUUUGUUUUACGGCUCGAACUCCUAAAAGACUCUCUUAAAAGUUCGAAAAAUUGCACGAAUGCGACUCAUUUGCAUCUCACGAUGCACACAAAUCCUUGGAAGCAGAGGAACUAUAAUUAUUCAAGGGUUUUUUUUUUGUGUGUUGGAUGAAUUCACAUGUAUCGGAUUCGUGCAAUGUGUGGUCCCAUGUAUGAUAUUUGUUUGAAUUGGGGAAUUCAAUAGUACCAAAUGAUGCCAUGGUGUCUGUCUAUA